AUGGAACUCAACCGAGAACAUUUUCGCGCCAUAAUUUAUUACAACUUUCAGAGACAAUUAUCGCAACAAGAAUGCCUUGCUGAGUUACUGUCUGUUUUCGGCAACGAAGCGCCACAUCAGUCGACAAUUUCCCGUUGGUAUGGAGAAUUCAAACGUGGACGGGUGAGUCUUAGCGACGAUCCCAGGGUGGGCGCACCAAAAACGGCAGUCACCCAGGAAAACGUCGAUGCUGUGCGCAAACUCAUCAUUGAAGAUAGACAUGUGACAUAUCGCGAGAUUGAGGCGUCCUUAAAGAUCUCAAAGACCUCAAUUCAAAAAAUUUUACAUGAACAAUUAGGACAGAAAGCAUCCAGGGUUAAUUGGUGUCAAAAAACGCUUGACCGUUUCAAUUCCGGAAACUCAAAAAAUGUGUACAGUAUUGUUAGUGGUGAUGAAUCGUGGAUUUACUGUGAAGAAAAUCCAACAAAAGUCAUCCGUUCUCGAAAUGUUUCGAAAAAGAUGGUUGCGACAUUUGUGUCAAAAGCGGGCCAAAUUGCAACAUAUCCUCUUAAUGAGCAAAGAACUGUUACUGCGGAUUGGUAUACCACCAUUUGUUUGCCAAAAGUCAUCACCGAGCUUCGAAAAAUCAACCCCGAAAGAAGAAUCAUCCUCCACCAAGACAAUGAAAGCUCGCACACAGCCCAAAAAACAAGGCAGUAUUUAACGGAAGAAAACGUGGAAUUAUUGGACCAUCCUCCAUAUAGUCCCGAUCUAAGUUCUAACGAUUUCUUUACUUUCCCGAAAAUUAAAAACAGACUGCGUGGUCAAAGGUUCCAGUCACCAGAAGAAGCAGUUGACGCAUUCAAAAAUGCCGUUUUGGAUCUGCCAGCAAACGAGUGGAAUAAGUGCUUCGAAAAUUGGUUCUAG